AUGCUUGAUUCCAGGGCAGUUCUUCUAGAAGAUUCUGCAGAAGAGCUUCAGGCCAGCUCAGAACUCUCUGUUUGUUUCAUUAAAAAUACUGACUUUUUUUUUUUCCGCCCGCCCGCGGAGAGCAGCUGUCAUGGCGGGCGCGCAGUGGGGCUCCCUGGCCGUGCUGCUGCCGCUGCUCCCCGGGGCCGCGCACCCAUCCGAGGGGCCCGGGCCGCGCCCGAGGCGGCGGGCGGUGGUGGCGACCGCUUCAAGAUCAAGGGCAGAGCCGUGGUGCCCGGUGUGAAGCCCCAGGACUGGGUGUCGGGGGCGCGUGUGCUGGUGGACGGCGAGGAGCACGUCGGCUUCCUCAAGUCUCAGGGGUUGGGGGAGAUGGCCCCUGGUGCUCCCCAAUUGGGAUUGACAUACUCCCAACGAAUGGAUGAUGGGAGUUUUGUGGUUCAUGAUAUACCGUCUGGAUCUUACGUAGUAGAAGUCAUUUCUCCAGCAUAUAAGUUUGAUCCUGUCCGAGUGGAUAUUAGCUCAAAAGGAAAAACGAGAGCAAGAUAUGUGAAUUACAUCAAAACGUCAGAAGUAGUCCGACUGCCCUACCCUCUCCAAAUGAAGUCCUCCGGCCCACCUUCUUAAUUCAUUAAAAGAGAGUCUUGGGGCUGGACAGACUUCCUCAUGAACCCAAUGGUUAUGAUGAUGAUCCUCCCAUUAUUGAUAUUUGUCCUUCUGCCCAAAGUAGUCAAUACAAGCGAUCCUGAUAUGAGACGGGAGAUGGAACAAUCAAUGAACAUGCUGAAUUCCAACCAUGAAUUACCUGAUGUUUCAGAGUUUAGGACAAGACUCUUCUCCUCAAAGUCAUCUGGCAAAUCUAGCAGUGGCAGCAGUAAGGCCGGCAAAAGUGGAGCUGGUAAAAGGAGGUAGUCAGGUGUCACGGAGCAGGCGUUUGCACAAACAUGGCAGUCCUGGGGUGGCGUUCCUGUGGAGGGAAAUUGUGUGAAGCAGCGACUGUCAGCUUGAGUCAUCCUGAGAGUCGGGCUCUGAUAACUGUUGUGUGUGAUAAGUUGUGAGCACAUGUUUUGUACUUGGUACACAAGAGGAUACAGCUUUCAUCUUGGUCUGUAUGAGGUCAAUAUGAUGUCACUGAAUUAAUUACAGUGUCCUAUAGAAAAUGACAUUAAUAAAUUAUAUGAAAAACUAUACAUUAUAUUAAAGUAAGUCUUAACACAAAAAAA